AUGAAUUUCUUUCAGACUCAACCAUUUUUGCUCAAUAAGAUGUGGUUGCUCAUUAUUUAUUAGGAGAUUUAAGUUGAACUUAGAGGAUUCAAUGCAAAUCAAAUGGCAGAUAAUAUUUUUAUUUGGGCUAGGAUAGUGAUUGGUUUGAAGGCAGUUUAAGAUAAAACUAACUUAUUCAAGCAUUACCUAAAAACAUUUUAAUCUUGGAUAAAGUUUUUGAGAGCUAAAUCAAUCUCUAAGCCAUUCACAUCAAUUUAGAAUUAUGAAGAGAUGAAAUUUAGACUAGUAGCAAAGAUCAUUAUUUACUUUAUGUUUUGCUCAAGGACCUCAUAAAAUAUUCAUAUUAAAAUAACAUUGAUGUUCUAUGCAUAUGAUGCAAGUGUCCUUAGAUGA